CUCAACAAUUGCUUUGAUGGUGUACCCUAUGCAGUUUGGAAACAAAUGGCUUUAGGAACCAUUUUUCACCUCUGGUUUUGCUUUUGGUUAAUUUUCAAAAGCAAGUCUCAAUGUCCGAACUUUUCUUGCAUGCACACACUGAGCAGGAAUUCUGCGCAUGCUAACACAGGAAAAGGAACCAAUCCCCCACUGGGUGUAGGACUGGACAGGAGGCUCCCCCGCCAAGCCAUCUGCACUCGGGCCUGGGCGGAGGGUGAGCGCGAUGCUCAGGCUCCUCCCGGGCCCCAGCCUGGGGAUGUGGGUCAGAUGGUUCUGGCCAGUGCAAUCCGGCUGCUGUGAGUCAUCGCCGGAAGCAAAUCAGAGCGAACGGGAAGCAUCUUCCAAGUUGGACUAGUAGCUGCAAAGCAGGAGCAGCAGCCGCAGCAGGAACUUCCCAGAUUCAUUGGGCAAGAUCCAUUUUGGUAUCAUCCAUCAAUAGACCUUCCCUUGGUAUCAACAGACCUUCCCUGAUGGAUGACUUUGGGGAAGCUAAUGGCACUUUUGCCAUCAACUUAUUAAAAAUGUUGGGUGAAGAAGACAACUCACAGAAUGUGUUCUUAUCUCCUCUGAGCAUCUCCUCUGCCCUGGCCAUGGUCUUCAUGGGGGCCAAAGGAGACACUGCAGCCCAGAUGUCCCAGGCACUUUGUCUGAACAAGGCUGGUGAUGUCCACCAAGGUUUCCAGGCACUUCUCUCGGACGUUAACAGAUCUGACACCCAGUACUUGCUCAGAACUGCCAACAGACUCUUUGGAGAAAAGACAUGUGAUUUCCUUCCGGCCUUUAAGGAAUCCUGCCAGAAGUUCUAUCAGGCCGAGCUGGAGGAGCUGUCCUUUGCUAAAGACACCGAGGAAUGCAGAAAGCACAUCAACGACUGGGUGGCAGAAAAGACUGAAGGUAAGAUUUCGGAGAUUUUGGGUGUUGGCACCGUUGAUCCACUGACCAAACUGGUUCUGGUGAAUGCGAUCUACUUCAAAGGCAGGUGGAAGGAGCAGUUCGACAGAAAGCACACAAGGGGGAUGCCUUUCAAAGUCAACCAGAGAGGAAGGGAGAGGGAUAGAGAGCCAGAAACAUUGAUGAGAGAGAAACAUCGAUCAGCUGCUUCCUGCACACUCCCCACUGGGGAUGUGCCCGCAACCAAGGAAAAAAAGACAGUGCAGAUGAUGUUUAAGCAUGAUAAAUUUAAAAUGGGCUGUGUGGAGGAGGUGAAAAGCCAGGUCCUGGAGCUGCCCUAUGUGGGGGAGGAGCUGAGCAUGGUCAUUCUGCUGCCUGAUGAAGACAUGGAUCUUGCAGUGGUGGAAAAGGCACUUACAUAUGAGAAGUUCAGAGCCUGGACGGAUCCAGAAAACAUGAGUGAGAUAAAAGUUCAAGUUUUUCUUCCCCGGUUAAAACUGGAGAAGAGCUAUGACUUGGAGUCUUAUCUUCGAAGUUUAGGAAUGACUGAUGCUUUUGAGGAAGCCAAGGCAGACUUUUCUGGAAUGUCAACUAAGAAGAAUGUGCCUGUGUCCAAGGUUGCACACAAGUGCUUUGUAGAGGUCAAUGAGGAAGGCACAGAGGCAGCUGCGGCCACUGCCGUGGUCAGGAAUUCCCGGUCCUGCAGAAUAGAGCCAAGAUUUUGUGCAGACCACCCAUUCCUUUUCUUCAUCAGGCACCACAAAACCAACAGUAUCUUGUUCUGCGGCAGGUUCUCUUCUCCAUAAAGAGGUGCCAUUGCUUACAGGUGCUUCUUUCCUUCUGCCAACCUUGCCUUGAUUCAGAUUCUGUAGGACCAAAUUGGUGCAUGUGGUGGUAUGAAUGCCAAAAUAAAGCGUUUGCACCUAGGA